AUGGUGUCCCAGCUGAGCGCCCUGCAGCGGGAGCUCCUGGGCGCCCUGCUCAGCUCCGGGGCUACCAAGGAGGGGCUGAUCCGCGCCCUGGAGGACAUGGUGCCCGCCGCCGGCUUCGGCGUCAAGCUGGAGAGCCUGCCGCUUUCCCCCGGCGGGCCGCCCGACGGCAAGCCCGGCUUCGUGCCUCUGGCCAACGGACACGGCAAGGGCAAGCUGUCCGGCGACGAGGGCUCGGAGGACGGCGACGACUUCGACACGCCGCAGAUUCUCCGCGAGCUGCAUGCGCUCAACACUGAGGAGGCCGUGGAGCAGCGGGCAGAAGUGGACAGGAUGAUCAGCGAGGACCCAUGGCGGGCGGCGAAGAUGAUCAAGGGCUACAUGCAGCAGCACAACAUCCCGCAGCGCGAGGUGGUGGACGUCACCGGCCUCAACCAGUCGCACCUCUCGCAGCACCUCAACAAAGGCACCCCCAUGAAGACACAGAAGCGGGCUGCCCUCUACACGUGGUACGUCCGCAAGCAGCGGGAGAUCCUGCGGCAGUUCAACCAGACAGUCCAGGGGUGUGAAAAUAGGACAGACAAAAGCAGUCAGGAUCAGCUGCUGUUUCUCUUUCCAGAGUUCAAUCAACAGAACCAGGGGGCUGGCCAGCUCGACGAUGCCUGCGCCGAAACCCCCAGCAAGAAGAUGCGCCGCAACCGCUUCAAGUGGGGGCCGGCCUCCCAGCAAAUCUUGUACCAAGCCUACGACCGCCAAAAGAACCCCAGCAAGGAGGAGCGGGAGGCGCUGGUGGAGGAGUGCAACAGGGCCGAGUGUCUGCAGCGAGGGGUGUCACCCUCCAAGGCACAUGGGCUUGGCUCCAACCUGGUGACGGAGGUGCGUGUCUACAACUGGUUCGCCAACCGGCGGAAGGAGGAGGCUUUCCGCCAGAAGUUGGCCAUGGACGCCUACAGCUCGGGCCAGCCCCCGCACAGCAUGAACCUGCUGCUGUCCCAUGGCUCCCCGCACCACAACCAGCCCAGCGCCUCACCGCCCAGCAAGAUGCCAGGGGUGCGGUACGGCCAGGGGGCGAGCAGCGAGGCGGCAUCUUCUGGGGCCAUCAGCCACCACGGCAGCGGUGCCAUGGUCACCACCAGCCAGGCGGUCCUGCAGCAGGUCUCCCCAGCCGGCUUGGACCCGGGCCACGGUUUGCUCUCUCCCGACGGUAAAAUGCAGAUCUCUGUGUCGGGUGGUGGGCUGCCGCCAGUGAGCACCCUGACCAACAUCCACAGCUUGUCCCACCACAACCCGCAGCAGUCCCAGAACCUCAUCAUGACGCCGCUCUCAGGAGUCAUGGCUAUUGCACAGAGUCUGAACACCUCACAGGCGCAGAGCGUCCCUGUCAUCAACAGCGUGGCCGGCAGCUUGGCGGCCCUGCAGCCGGUGCAGUUCUCGCAGCAGCUGCACAGCCCACACCAGCAGCCACUCAUGCAGCAGUCGCCCAGCCACAUGGCCCAGCAGCCCUUCAUGGCCACCGUCACCCAGCUGCAGAACUCGCACAUGUAUGCACACAAGCAGGAGCCCCCCCAGUAUUCCCACACCUCCCGCUUCCCCUCGGCGAUGGUGGUGACAGACACCAGCAGCAUCAGCACGCUCACCAACAUGUCUUCCAGCAAGCAGUGUCCCCUGCAAGCCUGGUGAUGCUUCACACCUCGCUGCCUUUGCACAUAGCAACAGGAACUUAUUUUCCACAACAUCCCGCUGGUGACCCGCACGUCGAGCCAGAGCGAAGCUCAGAGCCGCAGCGAGGUGCUCAUUACCCCGACGGGCGGCCAGUGCAACCCCGCGCUGGGGAUCAGCCCCGACCCGAGCCGUGGGACCGCGCCUCUCCUCCCCUCCACGCAGUAUUUCCGAGACGUGUCCUGAGGAUUGUUUUUUUCCUAAGUAUUUGCCUUCCAAGAGGCCAUUGGCUCUCCCGAGGAAAUAGGAACAAGCUGUACCGAGACGUGGCAGAAGAUGGAUCGUAUUUAAGUUAUACUCCUCCACCUGAUGGACUGAGAGGGACCCGGGUCUGUUACUUGGCUUUUGGAAGGAGGAAUCUCGUGCUGUUGAACUGAGCCAGUUAAACUGUAAAUAUAGGUACAGUCUGCUCCACCCUCACCCAUCCCCGCUCCUAUACAUAGAGAUUUAUAUAAAAGAAGUAAAUUUUGUCCAAUUGAUGUAAACUAUUGUAAUUAAGUGCAAUUCCCCCAUCUGUAUAUAUUGUUCCUGCUUUUCUUCUCUCCCUCAGUCUUAUUUUUUAUUUUUUGGUAAAGGUCAGAGCUCUGCAUGGUUUUGGUUUUGUAUUUUCUUUCUUCCCUUAAUGGAGUUAAUUAACAAAGAAAGCCCUGUGCCUCUGCAGAGACACCAGCCCUGCUCCCUGCCUCACAGAGGGACAGGCACCGAGCUGAGCCUCAGCAGCUGGCCCCAGGACUGGGUGACACAAGGAGUUCAGGGGGCUCUCCUGUGUUUGGGGACACGGAGUGGGGCUGCCGUGGGGUGGGUCACUCCACAGCCAGUGCAUGUCCCAGCCUAGCACCCAGUGGGGCACUGCGCUGUGCACUGCCAGAGCCUUGCCUGCUGCUUCUACCCGAGUCUGACUUCCCAAAGCUGUGAAAGGCAUCGUCUCGCCUGCUGUGGGACAUGAGCUCCUCCAUACCCACAUCCCUUUGGAAAUGGAUCUAAUGCUCUUCAGUUGUUUAAUUUUUUCUUAAACUUUGUCAUGUGUGCCAAAUGCUGAGAGUGCUUUAAAGAAGUGAAGAGCAGUGGAGGUGCCUGUGGGCAGUCAGCCACUGCUCAGAAGAACACUGGAUGCUUUUUCUGGGGCAAGAAAUGCUAUUUUAUUGUGUAUUUGUACAAUAACCAUUGCCAGGACGAUAGGAGCAACCCUAUGGGGAAUAAGUCAUUGUGAAUCGGAGACUGAUAUUCAAAUCACAUUUAAUUUAAUGUAUACCAUAAUUAAAAACCAUUUUUUCAGACUCGUUGCUACCAUGUGAUCUUUGAUUCCUGCUGCAGCUGAGAGUGCUGCUGGGGUGCAGUAGGGAUGUGGGGCCUGGGGGGCUUCAUCUGUUCAAUGUGGGUGCUGAGGGAGGGGCUUUCAGAGCAUUGAUCUGGUGUUCACAUUUAGGGCCAGAGCACCCCAGUCAAAACCCUCCUGUGUAGUUUCUGUAAUUUUUUACUGCCCUAGACAAGAACUGGAAGAGGAUGGGAGGCAUGAAGACUACUUGUUCCCUUUCACAGAGAUUCAGAAGCAACAUGCUCCCAGCAAAAACUGGGAGAAAAGAUGCAUGCUUGAAGCAGAAGAGAUCCGCUGCCCCUCCCUGCUCAGCAAUGCCCUUUCAGUGCAGCUCAGCCAACCUUCUCAAUCAGCUCAGAUUCUGCACUCAGACAUUGCCUGGGCUCAGUUCCCAGCAGGUCGGGGUGGGAACAGUUUGGAUUCUCUUGCUGUUGCCAACUGGUGCUCUGCUCCCCGAGUGGCUCAUCAAGGCGGAGGAGUGAAUGUUCCCCAGCUGGUGCACAUCCAGUGUCAGGCUGACUUUGUCCACAGAAGAAUGGGUAACCCAAUGGGAAGGAAGGAGGGAAAUAGGCACUACAUAGGCACUACGUAAAGCAUUGCUUGCAAAGUGGCCCAGUAUCAGCACUGCUCUCCAGAAUGCCACACACAGAAGGUGAGUGCAAACCCUGGGGAGGUGCAGCCCCACGGGAGAAGGUCGGGGAGGUCAGGGGAGGGACCAAGCCCAAGGGAAAUGGGAAAUGGGCACAGGACACAACUGAACAAAGGCAUGGGCAGAGAAGGCAGCAAGUGUAGAGCAAAGAAUGUGUGAUAAAGAAGGCAGGACAAAAUUGAUAAUAUGAACAGAACUAAUGAUUAAGAAGGGAAAGUGUUUACCCAAUAGGUGUGAAUGCAUGAAGCUGCCAAAAAGCUGCUUGUGUGCUGUCAGUUCUGGGUACCGGAGGGCCUGGAGGAAGAAAGCAUAGCUGCUUGCUUCUUUUGCUAAUGGGCAUUUUGUGUCUGGUGAUGCAGUUGUCAUACAGCAGGGACACCUGGCAGAAACAUGACAAAGCCCGUUUAUGACCAAUACUGUUUUACAAGGCUGAGUGAUAAUUCCACAGUUCAAAGAUGUUUUGCAGGGGAAUUCCUGCACAUGAGGAUCCGUGGGCUGUCACGAAACUUUAAAGGGCCGCCUUUAUAUCCACAACAACUGCCACCUCUUUCUUGGCAGAGCAAAGCCAUAUCACCGCAUUUAACUUAAAAUGCAGAUGCAGAUACAAAGGAAACCUCCUAGAUCCCAGCAUUACCCAAAAGGCCUCUGGAUGGACACUGGAAUAGAGACAAGCUAUUUCAGCAGCGUCAGAAUUGCUGCUUGUAGUAGAAACACCAAGUUGCACAAGAGUGCCCAGCUUCAAACAUGCAGCGUUUCCAGACCGGCUCUGCCAGUCUGGUGAGGUGGCUGCACGCGCUGAAAAUUUGGGCAGAAAACUUCAGGGCUGUGCUCCCUGGUGCUUCCUUCCUGUGUGACACUGGGAAGAAAGCAUCAUUGCUGCCCUGUGGAUGGCACAUGGGCCACCCUUUAGAGGCUGUGGGCAGGUUUGGUUGGGCUGGAGCUUGCCCAGCACACAGGUUUGCGCUGUGGUGAUGGGCUCAGCAGAGCUGGCCUGGAGUUCUGACCCAGGCAGUUAUUUUUCCAGUCCAGGGAUUAAACUUACAAGAUAAAAACCUUGCACAGACACUGCAGAGCUGUCCCAGCCCAGUGUUCGUGUUCAUGCAAAGAUGUACAAAUCACAAGCCUCAGUU